AAUAACAGGAAAAACAAACAUGGCGACUAUGGAGGAGAUUGAUCCGACUUGUAAUCCAAUGCAGCCUCUUUUGGAGAAGCGAUCCACAAGUCAUGUUGACUCAUCACAAAUGUCGGAGAAAGUCGAUUCUGCCAUACCCCAGCAGCCUGGGCCUGAUGACUUUCGUAAUUACGACAUCGUGCGAGCGACACAGUAUGGUGUGAUGGAACGUGUGCAGGAGCUCAUUGAGGGAGGUUUUGAUGUCAAUGAGAAUGACAGGGAAAGCGUAAGCCUCCUCCACUGGGCUGGCAUCAACAACAGGACAGAAAUUGUAAAAUACUUUGUUAGCAAGGGAGCUGUCGUGGACAAGUUUGGAGGAGACCUUAACUCAACACCUCUUCACUGGGCAACAAGGCAAGGUCAUCUGAAGAUGGUUGUACUGUUGAUGUCAUUGGGGGCAGACCCAACUCUCAGAGAUGGAGAAGGAUGUAGUUGUAUACAUCUAGCGGCUCAGUUUGGACACACAGCCAUUGUGGCCUAUCUCAUAGCCAAGGGCCACGACGUAGACAUGGUGGACCAAAACGGCAUGACAUCACUUAUGUAUGCUUCCUACAGAAUAUUUGCCUAUGAUCCCGUCCGAAUGUUGCUGACAUUUGGCGCUUCUUUAGACAAAAGGGAUAAGAUCCAGGGAAACACCCCGCUCCACUUUGCUUGUCAGACUGCCAACACGGUCAUCAUCAAGACACUGAUCAACGCUGGGGCCAACCUGGACGCUGUUAACACAAAGGGUCAGACUCCCAUUGAUCUGGCAGCCAUGCACAAGCACACAACAGUUGUGAAGCGGCUACAUGAGAUGAGGAUAGAGCUGGGAUACGACACCAGACAUUGUCUACAGAAAUACACAAACGACAAGACAGUGCGUAAGAAGGUGAUGUUGGUGUUUCCAUUCAUCGCCCUAUGGGUCAUAGGUGCAAUCCCAGAAAUGGCUGCAGACUGGUAUGUCAAGCUUGCAUUGGUUGUGGUGGCCAUCAUCGUCUGGAAGGUUGUAGCACACUUCUUCUUUGAUGACAAGUUGAUGACGAUAAUGCCAAUCAGUAUUUACUUGGCGACCAAGCUUUGGAUGUAUUACACCUGGAUUGUCUAUUUUGUGCCCUAUAUACAAAGUACAGAGAAGAAUCUUAUAUUCACUAUCAACACCUUGCUGCUGACAUAUAACUUUUGGAAGGCCUGGCGAGCUGACCCUGGCUUCAUUGAAACUGAUCGUACAGAGAAGAUCCAGGUAAUACUAGACCUGGCAGAAGACCAGACCUUGACCCUUCAGCAGUUCUGUAGCACCUGUCUGAUACACCGCCCUAUCCGGUCCAAGCACUGUAACACCUGCAACAGAUGUGUGGCAAAAAUGGACCACCACUGUCCCUGGAUUGACAACUGUGUCGGUGCUGACAAUCACAAGUAUUUCAUUGGAUAUCUGUUUUUCCUGUUCGGUAUGAUAUGCUGGUGUUUCCAUGGAUGCCAGAUUUACUGGAGUCAUGUGUGUCCAUUCGAUGUCUAUGUUGACGGUAUAACAGGUAUUAUCUAUAAGAUCGUAAAAGCGUCACCGUGGGUCGCCUGGAUUGCCCUCAACUCCCUUGGCCACAUGCUGUGGGUUGGCAUUUUGCUAACCUGUCAGCUUUAUCAGAUUAUAUGGUUAGGCAUGACUACCAAUGAGAGGAUCAACUUUGUGAAAUAUGAAUACCUACAUGACAAAGAGGCCAAAGCACAGGAACUGGCUCAGAGUCAAGGUCACGGUCACAGUCAUGGAGGUCAUGGUCACGGACACCAAACUUUUCAUGGAGGACCUAAAGCCAAAUCAAAAAAUCCCUUCUAUCGUGGAAUGUUUAAGAACGCAGUGGAUCUGUUUGGCUGGCGUCUUUGUGGAUUGCUACGGCCCAAUAAGCUUGACUAUCGACACCUGUUUGUACUGCCUGGUGAGGAGGCAGCCGUGUCAAAGAGGCUCAAAUUCAAUGUGAACCGGGAAAACUACCAGUUUGUGUAGAGAUGUGAACAAGGAAAAUCAGCUGUUAUUCUGGUGAUCAGAUAAAAGCAUUGAAUGGCUACUCUCAGGACCUCCCCCCUUUUGGUCAUUUUGUUUUAACGUAUACCUUUUUUUGAACUUUAUGCCUUAAACUAUUUUUAUUUAUUCAAUAAGAAAAAAAGGAAAUGUAUACUUCUCAAUUUCUUCAGCUGAUCAAUUUGAAUAUAAACUAGCCUCUUUUUAUAGCCUGAGAGUUUAAGCACGAUUACAUUUUUAUUUUUUCUGUAAAUUUGUUUAAUUUCAUUCAGAAAAAAACAUAUCUUAGGAUUAAACCUGUCUUUCCUGACACCACUGGGACUGAAUCAGUGUGUUGGAUAUGUAUCAGUAAGCCUGUCUUUAGUGAC